AAAAACCUCUUUUAGUUAUAAAUCCGUUAGGGUUCUAAUUCCCAAAUUUCACCCAAAAUAAAAAAAUGGCGGUUGUUCGGACAACUGCGAAUUUGAUCCUCAAAGAAAUCAUUCAUCGCUCGUCACUGUCUUUCGUUUCACUGUCACCCUCGCCCUGCACUGUUCUCUCCCGUUCUCCGGGGACGCUCCGCCUCGGUCUGGCUAGAAAAAUCAGCUUCACUCCAAUAUGCUGUGCCGCGUCGGACUCCGGCGCCGACAGAAAGGUUUCUGCUCGGCUUUCCCAAGUGCAACAGCUGCUGCAGCAGGCUGAGGAGCGAGCCAGCUCGGGUGGAAAUGAACCCACCCCUCAAAUCACCUUAGAUCAUGUUACUGUGAGUUUUGCUAGGAGUGGGGGGCCUGGAGGUCAAAAUGUCAACAAAGUGAACACGAAGGUGGAUAUGCGCUUCAAUGUAAAAAAUGCAUAUUGGCUGAGUGACAGGAUUAGAGAGAGGAUUAUGCAACUGGAAAAGAACCGGAUCAACAAGGAUGGUGAGAUUGUGAUUUCUUCAACAAAGACUAGAACACAGAAGGGUAACAUUGACGAUGCGCUGGCAAAGUUACAGGUGCUGAAAUUUGUUUGUGUUUCUUAAUUGUAUCAAAUUAUAAACCUGAUACUAUUAAGGAAAUGAUAAUGCAGAGCAUUUGCUUGUAACAUCUAUCUCAUAUGCUAAAUUUCUGGCUUACUGUCACAAGUUUGGCUAUUAAUAUGGUUAAUUCCUAGCUCACUUGAUAUGUGAUUGGGCUAACAUGUAAUUUAGUUUCCUCAUUUGAAUGAACCAAACACAAACAGGCAAUCAUUGAUGCUGCUUCUUAUGUGCCACCGCCCCCAUCAGAAGAGCAAAAGAAGAAAAUUGCCAAGUUGUAAGAGGCAUUAUGCAUCUGUCUUCAUAACUGCAUUUUUCAGUUCCAUUUUAUAUUUGCCUUGAUGCUGCUGCCUCUCUGUAUUUUACUGAUUGUCUAACCGUGAUACAAUUUGAACCAUUGUUUCAUUUACGUUUAAUUUAACUUAAAACUAAUCCGUUUGACUGUGAUGGGUUCUGGAUUGAGAUUUAUUUUCAUUUCCAUGUUGCUACAGGGCUGCUAUUGGGGAGCAAAAGCGCCUAAAAAGCAAAAAAGUUCUUUCAGAAAAGAAAGCAUUUAGAAGAAGUCGAGAUAGUUGGGAUUAACUUACAUUUUGCAGUAGUUUAGGAUUUAUGGUGGUCAAGAAUCAUCCAAUUAGUAAGUCCUCUUACACGUAUUUUUCCAUUCAUUUUCUGUGUUUAUAUUUUCAUGAUAAUUUCCUCCCUCCUUUUAGGAAAGAUGAAAAGCAUUGGUUAUUUUGUAACAUUAAUUUGAAGGAAGCACUGAAAAGUCAAAUGUGAGGAGUCGAGAUUGCAGGAAGUGAAGUUGCCUUGUUCAUCAGUUGAUGCUCCUUGUCAGCAAAAAAUGUGAUUCCUCCUUGAUUUAAAAUGUUGAUCAUAGACUGUAUUAUAGCCUUGUGGUUCUUAAUAAUAGAUAAUAAACACCAUAAUUUUGGUCUUAAUUUUUUUUUUAUUGA